AUGAGAAACGGAUUAGUGAGCAUCACCAUAUCAGCGAUUCUUCCAGAGCUCCGCCCGCCACCAUGCCCAACUCAAGAAAACUGCAAGGAAGCCUCACCCCUCCAAUUGUGGCCCCUUUACAUCUCUCUGCUCCUCUCAUCUCUAGGAACUGGUGGCAUUCGGCCAUGUGUCGUUACCUUCGCCGCCGACCAAUUUGACAUGAACAAAUCAAAAGUCGAGUCUCGAAGCUGGAAUUUUUUCAAUUGGUACUUUUUUUGCAUGGGAAUGGCCUCACUGCUUGCUCUAACUGUCGUCGUUUAUAUCCAAGACAAUGUGGGUUGGGGUUGGGGUUUAGGAAUUCCAACUAUUGCCAUGAUGGUAUCGAUUAUAAGUUUUCUUGUUGGCUCUCCUCUUUAUAGAAAAGUAAAACCAGGGGGUAGUCCACUGGUUAGAUUGGCUCAGGUAGUUGUUGCUGCUCUGAGGAAGAGGAAAGUAGUUGUACCUUCUGACCCUGGACUCCUGUACGAGAAUAGAGAGCUUGAUGCGGCCUUUUCAUCUAAUGGAAGGCUUUUACACUCAGAUCAAUUCAGGUAA